AUGACCGAUGGCGGUCGCGUCGGAGAAGGUCGGUCGGCUCACGCGUGGCACACAUGCACAUGCAUGAUCGGUGAACGUUCGUGCGGACGGUCGCAGGCAGCAUGCAUCCUCACGCUUCGCGAUUCCGGUGUUCAGCAUCCUCAUAUCUUCUCUUGUACGUCCGCAGAGAUGCUUGCUUCCUCGAUCGCAGCCACUGAUACCUUAUCAGUGCUGAAGUUGUGCUCGGUGAUACAAGCGCAGAGGACGCGGGCGUGCACUUGA